GCCCCCAGCCCCUCCCCGCCCCAGCACUCCCUCUCUCUUCUCCACUAUGGACAGAGCCUCCACGGAGCAGCUGCCUGCCCACUACAGACCCAGCUGACAUGGGGACUGUCAGAGCAACUCGGCUGUGCUGGGUGAUCCUCGGCUUCCUCCUAGUCCAAGGCCACAACUCCCAGCCCACCACAACACAGCCCUCUAGCCUUCAGGGAGCCUUCAGUCUAAGUCUGACCACAGAGUCAACUCCCAACACAGAAGACAGUGCUUCCUCAGAGCCCAGUAGCCCAAGGUCUCUGUCCAGCGCCAGUGCCCCAGCCACUCCAGGGAAGGCCUCACAGGUCCCCACACCUGUGACGCCGAGGUCAAGCACCAUAGAUGGUCACUUCCAGAGCUUGCCAGGCCUGACUCUGUCCCAGCCACAGCAACACAUAUCAGCCCUCGACACUUCUCAAAAUGUUACCACCAAAUCAGCCACCAUGAGCCUGAGGACCAGAGGAGACUCCACCAUCCUGCCCAGCCCUACGUCAGAGACGGUGCUCACCGUGGCUGCAUUUGGUGUUAUCAGCUUCAUUGUCAUCCUGGUGGUGGUUGUGAUCAUCCUGGUCAGCAUGGUCAGUCUAAGGUUUAAGUGUCGGAAGAAUAAGGAACCUGAAGAUCCCCAGAAGCCUGGGAGUUCCGGGCUAUCUGAAAGCUGCUCCACAGCCAAUGGAGAGAAAGAUAGCAUCACCCUCAUCUCCAUGAAGAAUAUCAACAUGAAUAACAGCAAAGGGUGCCGCUCAGCAGAGAAGGUUCUUUAAAAGCAACCUUGGGUCCCUAUGAGACCGAAGAUGAUGCAGCUGCCCUGUGACUGUAAGGAGGAAGGCAAUGGGAUCAAUAGAGGCAAUAAACCACAUAAAUUAUUUUUUUGCUUCACAUCUCCUCCAUACUACAUUACUGCAGAUCUAAAGGAUACUGACGUUCCUUCAGACUUAGGAGCAAGCUACCAACACAAAAGCCUCUCUCCCACAUGGACAGACAGCCACUCUAGGAACACGGCCAGCUCCUCCCACCUUCUCAAUGUCAUAGGAAGGGGAAGUCUGUAGAGCAAAAGCAAGGAAAAUGACAAAGUGGCUUGGUCCAUUCUACUUGGCAUUAAAAUUAUUUUCUGGCCUGCAGUCUCAUUUCUUUUAAGAUCUAUGCUCCCAUGCACAUUUCUUAACAGAACAUUCUAGCAGCUCUGGGGCCUCCUUUUCUAGGCAAGGCAUGUAUGCAAGUUUCUGCCCCUGCGGGGAACUCUCUGAGAGACCUGGGAGGUAGAGAGAACUUUUGUCAGGCCUGCCUCUGUCCGUCUAGUUUACUGAGUAUGGGGAUGAAGUGACUGACUAGCCUAGCCACUCUAACAGAGGGGCGAGAAGAGGAGCUGUAGCCAGUGAGCAAUCGUCAGAGAUGGCUAGAGAAAUCUAAAUCUGUAGAGAAAUACUAAAUCUGGAGAGUGAGAACAUGGGAGACACAACAGCGUUCUGACUAGGAAACGCCGGUGGUAUGAGCUGAAUACUAAAAGGGCAAAUGUCCUCCGCCUGCCCCAGGGCAGACCUCCCUCACUGUGGUUCUGGCUGUGGGAACAACACUGGGAAGGUCUGGGGCGAAGACAGGUCUGUGACUUUAUACAGCAAAACCCACCCUCUUUACUCCAUACAGCUUUAUCUUUGUGUCCUAAAAAUAAAGGAUAACAAAUAAUGUAAAGUCAUUUAAACAGAAGGAGGAAAAGAAAGCAAUUAUCUGUUUUCUUAGUAAUCUGUGUUUGAAAAUAAUUCUUGGGAAGAGUCGACGGGAGAGUCGUCUGUGUAUGUUUGCAGGCAGCCUUCAACUCUGUGUAAGCAUCUGCUCGUUGGCGGUUUAAAACAGAGGGAGGACAGGGAUUACCCAUUCUGAAGCCAAAAUAGGCUCUUUUCUUCUGGAUUUAGACUCCUCAAGGUGAUAUGAGAGAGAAAGCCUAGAACAAAAAGUUUCAUUUUCUCUGUGUUGCUAAAACAAUUCACGUGCACUAAAGAAACAGCGGAUUCUAAAAUCCUCGGGGCAGCGCCUGCAGCCUGCUCACAUCUGCAGCUCUCCUGCGGCUCGUUGGGCCCAGCAUGUCAGAGGUCGUGAACACCGGCUCUUGAGUGCAGGAAGACUAGUCACAAGGUUGGGCUUUGCCACAGAUGCACAGCUCAACAUUGGAGAAAUCAGCCCCCAUCAUGGAUCCUGUUUGCUUUAAAAGUGAGGUGGCUGGACUACUUGCCUCUACUGACUUUUCUGAUCCUUAUGUUCUAAAGUCCUGUGAAUUCUCAAAGUAGGAAAAAACAAUCUUUUCAGUAGAUAUGUCUCUGAGUGGGAGCCAGAGACAAGUCUUAGGUAAUUCUGGGCAAGUCUUUUACAUCCCCUGUACCUAGAUUUCCCUUUGUAUUCACAUGUACAAAGGAGAGAAUGAACCUACCUGGCCCUGUCUACCUCAUGGCCCUAUAAAAUGGGGUGGUAAAUGUGGAGAUACCUGGGAAGCACUAGUUGACAACUGCAGCAGAAAAACAUGGUGUGCCACUUGUGUCUAGGUCCCCCACUUCAGGAUCAUGGCACUCGUUCCCCCACUGCUGGAAGUGUUGGCUGCUAAGGGCUCACAGCUGGUUGAUGACUGGUUGAUGGGAAUGGGUGUGGGGAUGAAGACCUGGACCCCUUGUCUCAACUUCUGCCCCAAUCCUCUCCCCUUACGCCUCAGAGAUGCUCCCGGAGGCACUCACCAAUAAAAUGUCAGCAUGCAA